AUGUUUUACAAUUAAAUGGAGGAGCAAUCAUAUCAUCAGGAGAAUCAAUUGAUUUUGCAGAACAAAAAAAAACUUAUUUUACAGGAGAAAGUAAGGGUAUCUGUCUUAAUGAGCAUUUUACUAAUUAUUGUAUUAUACAUUGAAUGUGAAAGGAGAUUCAAUUAUUUUUAGCUUUUUCAAGUAUACGAAUUAAAUAAAUUAAAAAUUUGGUUUUGGGAUAAUGAUAGCAGAUUCUACACGAUUAAUACAUACAUAAUAGAAGAGAAACAAGAAACUUUGGCUUAUGACGGUACGGCAUAAAGUAGUUUUAUUCUAAAAUUUCCUGAUUAAUUUGUUAGAGGGUUUAGAAUACAGGGAUUAAUUUUCAUUUUUUUGAAAAUAUAAUAUUAACGAUAUUAAAUGUGGAUGGUUUUAAUUUAAAUUAAAGAAUUGAAGAUCAGUUGA